GGUCGCGGCGGGGGGCGCUGCCCCUGCUGCUCUUGCUGUGGGUGUGCGCGGCCGGGGAGCCGCCCGGCGAGGCCUGCGCCGCGCCCUGCUCCUGCCGCCGCGGCCUGCUGGACUGCAGCCGCCACCGCCUGCCGGGGGGGCCCGGCCCGGGCCGCCGGAGGAUCCCGCCGCUGCCCGCCGGCACCACGGGCCUGGAUUUAAGUCAUAAUCACUUACUGUCCUCUAACUGGAGCAUUGGUUUGUCUAUUCACACACUGCAAGAAGUGAAGAUGAAUUACAAUGAGCUAAGCGAAAUUCCCUACUUUGGAGAACCAACUUCUAAUAUUACUAUUCUGUCAUUAGUACACAAUACAAUUCCAGAGAUAAAUGCUGAGCAGCUCCAACUUUACCUUUCGUUGGAGAACCUAGACCUUAGCUCUAACCUCAUAUCAGAAAUUAAAGCUUCUUCAUUCCCACGAAUGCAGUUGAAGUACCUGAAUCUGAGUAACAACAGAAUAACUACCCUAGAAGCAGGCUGCCUUGAUAACUUAUCCAGUUCUCUAGUGGUGGUGAAACUAAACAGAAACAGAAUUAGUAUGAUUCCACCAAAGAUCUUCAAAUUGCCUCACGUGCAGUUCCUGGAACUUAAAAGGAACCGGAUUAAAAUAGUGGAAAGUCUUACAUUCCAGGGACUGGAAUCCUUAAAGUCAUUAAAAAUGCAGCGCAAUGGGAUUAGCAAACUAAUGGAUGGAGCAUUCUUUGGAUUGGAUAAUAUGGAAGAACUAGAACUGGAACAUAAUAACCUGACAGAAAUAAACAAGGGCUGGUUGUAUGGCUUACGAACGUUGCAACAACUCUACAUUAGCCAAAAUGCCAUUAACAGGAUCAGUCCAGAUGCAUGGGAAUUCUGCCAAAGACUUUCUGAACUAGACUUGUCGUACAACCAGCUGACCCGUCUGGAUCAGUCUGCCUUUGUGGGACUUGGCUUAUUGGAGAAAUUAAAUCUGGGUGACAACAGAAUCAUUCACAUUGCCGAUGGUGUCUUUAAAGGGCUGUCAAAUCUUCAAACUCUAGAUUUGCGGAACAACGAGAUCUCUUGGGCCAUAGAAGAUUCGAAUGAAGCCUUUGCAGGUCUCAGCAGACUCAACAAAUUAAUCUUGCAAGGAAACCAGAUCAAAUCAAUUACAAAGAAAGCAUUCUCUGGUCUUGAAGCACUUGAACAUCUAGAUUUGAACAACAAUGCAAUAAUGUCUAUCCAAGAAAAUGCUUUUGCUCGGACUCACUUUCGUGAAUUGAUGUUGAACACCAGCAGCCUACUCUGUGACUGCCAGUUGAAAUGGCUGCUUCAGUGGCUCAUUGACAGCCAUUUACAACAGGCUGUAAAUGUUAGCUGUGCUCACCCCGAAUGGCUAGCGGGACAAAGCAUUCUCAAUGUGAAUCCUGAAGACUUUGUCUGUGAUGACUUUCCUAAACCACAGAUAAGAGUACAUCCUGAGAGCACAAUUGCUCUAAGAGGCAUGAAUGUGACUUUGACUUGCACUGCAGUAAGCACCAGUGAUUCACCAAUGUCCACUGCAUGGCGUAAAGACAGUGAAAUAUUGUAUGAUGCAGAAGUUGAGAAUUUUGCCAGGUAUCAGCAGCAAGAUGGAGAGGUCCUUGAGUACACCACAGUCCUGCAUCUUUUCAAUGUGAAUUUCACCGAUGAAGGAAAAUACCAGUGCAUUGUCACCAAUCACUUUGGUUCCAAUUAUUCUAACAAAGCCAAACUGACUGUCAAUGAGCUGCCUUCCUUUCUGAAAACCCCUAUGGAUCUAACUAUCCGUACUGGGGCCAUGGCCCGACUUGAGUGUGCUGCUGAGGGCCACCCCUCUCCCCAGAUCUCCUGGCAGAAAGAUGGUGGCACAGACUUCCCUGCAGCACGAGAGAGGCGAAUGCAUGUUAUGCCUGAAGACGACGUGUUCUUCAUUGCAAAUGUAAAAAUAGAAGAUAUGGGACUCUAUAGCUGUAUGGCACAAAACAUCGCAGGAGGUCUAUCCGCAAAUGCCACACUGACGGUGCUAGAAACUCCUUCGUUUGUCAGGCCUCUGGAAGACAGGACAGUAACCCGAGGUGAAACUGCCGUGUUGCAGUGUAUAGCUGGUGGCAGUCCAGCCCCUCGCCUGAACUGGACUAAAGAUGAUGGGCCCCUGACAGUAACAGAACGACACUUCUUUGCUGCUGCCAAUCAACUCCUUAUCAUUGUGGAUGCUGGGUUAGAGGAUGCUGGGAAAUAUACGUGCAUUAUGUCCAACACACUUGGCACAGAGCGUGGCCAUAUUUACCUAAAUGUAUUAUCUUCCCCAAAUUGUGAUUCCUCCCAAAGUGGUAUUUUACAUGAGGAAGAUGGCUGGACGACAGUUGGCAUUGUGAUUAUUGUUGUAGUCUGCUGUGUUGUGGGCACCUCUUUGGUAUGGGUUAUAGUUAUAUAUCACAUGCGAAGAAAAAGUGAAGACUACAGCAUCACUAACACAGAGGAGAUGAAUUUACCUGCAGAUAUUCCCAGUUAUUUAUCCUCCCAAGGAACUCUUUCUGAACCUCAAGAAGGCUACAGCAACUCAGAGGCAGGAAGCCAUCAACAGCUUAUGCCUCCUGCAAACGGCUAUGUGCACAAGGGAACAGAUGGUGGCACAGGGCCAUUAGUGAUCUGCUCAGAUUGUUACGACAAUGCAAACAUCUACUCCAGGACCCGUGAGUACUGUCCUUAUGCAUACAUCACAGAAGAGGACCCACUGGAUCACACAUUGUCCGGUCUCAUGGUACAAGUGCCCAAGGAGACCUAUCCAACACACACCCAACAUGAAGCCAGCACUCUGGAUAGUCUUAUAGUAGACAGAGAAACGUCUGCCUUUCUUACCCAUCAUGACCGAAUAAGUGAGAAGAAACUCUCAUCCCAGCAGACUAAUAAUGAACCUUUUCAGCUACCCUUAUGGGGACUAAACAGAGACCUAGGGUUGUCGCACUCACGCUUCCCACAGCAGCAGUCAAUCCAUGAGGAGGCCCCUCAAGCUCUCCGAAGUGAGGGAGUCAUUGAUGGUGAGAGAGAACAGGCUGUUUCGUCCAGACCUUGCCACAGGUUACGUGAACAUAACUUUGAUUUUAACAGGACUCGGAACAUUCAGGAAUUUAGUGAAGCCACAUAAAAAACAGCAAAGUGAAGCUUUGGAAGCAAAUUCAGAUCAACUGACUUUGUAUUUUCUACCUCAGGAUUAACCCCUUGCCCAAAGAUGCUGUAUACACAUGUCUACAAUUACAAGCUGAGUGGACCAAGACAGACUCUCUCAGCUAGGAGUGGGAUGAUGGCACAAGCUUUUGUCUCUUGGAUUUACUUGUGUUGGAAAGAUGGGGAUCCACAGCAUUAAUUUAUGGUUGGACAAUUUUGGUGAAUGAAGUGAACUCCACUACAAGAGUAUUGGAAGGCAUGAGCAUAAUGAUGUCAUAUCAACACAGGCUGUCUGUUCUGAAAUUCUAUCAAGAAGGCUUAGCUGUUUCAUGUUGCCUUUCAUGCUCCCCAUAGAAUUCUCCAGUAAUUGCAAGCAUACAGCUCUUGGCCAGCUUUCUGAUCCUUUAGUCUGCUAGCAGGAGUUGCAUCAUUGUGUCAACUGGUAACUUUUUGGAGGGUUGUUUUUUUUCUCCUGUGAGUAAAGUAGUGCUCUAGUUCAGGGGUUCUCAAACUUCAUUGCACCACGACCACCUUCUGACAACAAAUUACUACAGAAUCCCAGGAGCGGGGACUGAAACCUGAGCCCGCCAAAGCCCUGCCACCCUGGAGGGAGUGCAAUGCCCCACUGCCUCAGGCUGGGGGGCCAAAGUCCAAGGGCUUUAGCCACAGGCAGGAGGCCUGUAACCUUAGUCCUGCUGCCCAGGACAGAAGCCCUUGGGCUUUGGCUUUGGCCCUGGGCCCCAGCAAGUCUAAGCCAGCCCUGGCGACCCCAUUAAAAUGGGGUCGCGACCCACUUUGGGGUCCUGACCCACAGUUUGAGAACUGCUGCUCUAGUUGUAAAUAAAUUUGCAUUCAUAAAUAUUUUGUAUACACUACACAUAUAAAUGUGUUGGCCGUAAUGUAAAUAUUUUUUAUUAUGCCAAAAAUACUGUAACAUCCUGUUGUAAUCUUGAGAACUGGCUAUCAAACCAUAAAGAUUUGUUCCGAUUAGGUUUUGUGGAUCUGAAAGCUUGUUUCUUCAGGGAUAGAUCUAUCCUUUCAUGCUGGGAAGAAGUGGAUGUGUAGGCAUGUCAGUGAAAUUGUCACCCUAGUGAAUAGCAUUGAUUUACAUACAGCUGUGUAUGCCUCUGGCUUGACAGUAUACAUGUAAACUGCUCCCUCUUCAUUACAUGGUCGGGGUUCUUGGGCACCAAGUUUGACCCACUUACAUCUGUUUGAAAAGUUCUGUAAUUUGUAGGAAACACUACCUCCAUUUUUCAUGGAGCAUGAAGUCUCACAGAAACCCUGAAGUAACAAACCAGAGCCUAAUCUCGACUUUCCCAGGAGUUCUUGUAAGCAGCGAGCAAAACAAGAUUAAAAUGGCAUGCCUUGGCAAUAUCCCGAAUAUGCAAAAUGACUUUUCUUCAUAGUCAUCUGGGAAAGUAGUGUUAGGUGUGAAAAAUCAAUGAGCUCUGAGUAGCUCCUGUCUUUAGACUCUGCCAAGAUCUAAAAUGUCCUCAUAAAAAGGCCUUUCUAUGCCAUAUAUGGCAGAGAGCUCUGGCUGGAUGACCUGAUACUCUGCUACCUGUAGGGCCGACUUGCCCUGGUUAUGGUCAGUGAGCUGCACCGAUACAGGCAGCUAGUAUAGUGCACUUCCAAGUAAAGUUAAGCCGCACCAAUGCAAAUACCAGCUUAGUGUAGACAGACAACUUGGCUACUGUUUUCACCAGUGCAACUUUCUCCCUACUUGGAAGUGGUAUACAAAUCACGGCUUAUAGCAUUUUUUCCUGUCUUGAGGAGAUGUUUGCACAAGUGGCUGGUCACAGAUGGUUGAAAUAUGCAGUGCAGACAAGACCUUAGUCUCCCAAAAAAAAAAAAA